AUGUUGCAAAGCAUCACCGGCGCGCAAACCCAGUCUAUCAGGAACCGUUUCCGUUUCUCUGAUCCCGCUAUUGCGAGCAGCUUCCGCUGGGGCACUGAUUGCGCACAAGCUGGGGCAAUCCAGGAGAUCGGGAUCAAAUUUGCCCGCCAACAUCACGAACAGCUCGCUUCAUGGGUGACAUACCUCACGAAACAGAGGCUCAGUCUCGGUCAAGACUUCCCUUAUCUCAGGCGUAUGACAAUCGAUCUCCAUUUGCGGCUUGGGGCAGAGGAGGCUAAUCUUCUACGCUCGAUGUCUGAAUCUUUCAGAAAGAGGUCCCAAGGACUGGACUGGGUGCUUGUCUUGAAGCUGAGUCAUGAAAAGGUGCUUGACUGCUUCGAAUCAUUAGUGGACAGAGAGGAUGACUCUAAGAAUGGCAAAAGGGAGGUGCGAAGUCAUGCCUAG